UCAACGGCGGAGCGCACUAUACGAAGCCUGAGCGGGAGCGCUGGGCCGACUGGAGGCGACGUGGACUUCUGGCAGGGGCUCCUGCUUCGCUUCGGCGCCAAGAGCGGCCGCCUUCGCUCGGCAGUGGCUUCUCCCGUGUCCGCCCUGGCCAAAACCAUUGUUCCCUGAGACAACAUCAAGGCCCUGCGGUUGUGCCGCCUCAUCGCACUCGACAAAUGCCCGGGGGUCCGCCCGAUUGGCAUCGAAGAGGUCCUCUCUCGCCUGGCGGGGAAAUGCACGGGCACCGGCGACUCGAUCUGACCUGGAGACUGCGGCACCGAUCAGCUGUGCAUCGGUGAAGGCGGGCAUCGAGGGGGCCGUGCAUGCUAUGAACGACAU